AUGCAGAGAGCGGCAGGGCUCCCCGGGAUCUGGCGCAAAUUUGGCACCGGGGAGCGGGUGGGGCCGGCGAGACCACGCCUCCCCGACGUGCCCGACGGGACACGCCCCGCGGGUUCCCGCCCGCCUCCCGCGGGCAAGUUUGGAGACUGGGUCCCAGGACACAGCGGCCCCGCCCCGCCGCGUGCGGAGACUCCGCCCCGCAGCCGGGGUUGGGGCCGAAGAGGCGACUUGGGUGCCCUGCGCCGCGGGUUGGGACCGCGGGGUCCGGGAGGAGGGGAUGCGGCAGGUCCGCCUCGGAAAGGCUUCGUUACAUCCAGCCCAGGCCUCCUUCGGGAGCUCCGGACCCCAGUAUUCAGCUACCGCCUGCGCCGGGCGGCUCGCAUCAUCAGCAUGCCCACACCCGCUCUUCCUUCUGACCUCUUCAUCCCAGUGGAUGGUCCCGUUGCCCACCCUGUCACUCCUGGGGGGAUCCCGGAGAUUUUCUCCACCUGCCUUGCUGCCGCCUUGGUCCAGACCACCAUUAACCUCCUGCUCCUUACUUUCCCUGCCGCGGAGGACGGCGCUCAAGGCAAAAAGUUCAACCUCAUCACUCCUGCCCCCAAACUCUCUGGCAAUACCUAA